AGAGCAGCGUGUCAUAAUUUGUUCGCCCUGCUGUACGUGCAUGCGGGAUGAUCAGCGGCAUCUCGUGAAUACUACCCCGGCAGCUCCCCGAGUGAAAGAGUGUAUCGUACCGGUAUCAUUAAUUUAUAGACACGAAGAUUCACUGAGAGAUCGAGACCCACUCGGCUCUCGCUCUUUUUGCGUUUAAUCCAUAUGAAGUUAUAUUAUCAUCAUUUGAUUGACAGGAAAAAUGUGGCGUGCAUUAGUACACAUGCGAUAUGCUGUAGGAACUCCACGACCACGUUGCCAGUGGUCCACAAAAUCUAGAAGAUUGAAGCAUUUUGCCACAGGCUAUGCAACAUCAACUGGCAGUGUGGAAGCAGUAAUUGGGCAGAGUCCUCUUAUCCUGUCUACUGGGGAAUUGGCAAAGUUAGCUGAUGGAUGUGCAACUGCUCAGAUUGGGGAUACAUCUGUCAUGGUUACCGCAGUCAGUAAGAAGAAUUCAUCGUCUCCUGGUUUUCUUCCAUUGACAGUUGAUUACAGGCAAAAGGCUGCAGCAGCAGGUAGAAUACCCACCAAUCAUCUCAGGAGAGAGAGGGGCGUUACAGAUCAAGAGAUACUUACAAGUAGAAUGAUAGACAGAUCAAUCAGACCACUUUUUCCCAAAGGAUUCUUUUAUGAUACUCAGGUUAUGUGCAAUUUAUUAGCAGUAGAUGGCUUGCAUGAUCCAGGUGUUAUCAGCAUUAAUGGAGCCUCUGCUGCACUAGCCCUCUCUGAUGUUCCAUGGAAUGGUCCAGUAGGUGCCGUCAGAGUAGGAUUGAUAGAUGAAGAGGUCAUGAUUAAUCCAACUAGAUUAGAUAUGAGAAGGAGUACUAUUAACAUGGUUGUAGCUGGCACAAAGAAGAGUAAUCUAGUAAUGGUGGAAGCCUCAGCAGACAAUGUUCUCCAAACGGACUUCUUGAAAGCUUUGAAGGCUGGAUUAAAAGAAACCCAGAUCAUUGUAAGAAGCAUUGAGAAACUUGCUAGAGAAUACGGAAAGGAGAAGCGGGAGUAUGAACCAGCGGGUAUACCACCACCGGAGAUACUAGACCAUAUUAGAAGAUUAACAGCUGAGCAGUAUUAUGCAGUUUACACAGACCCUACCCACAAUAAGUUUUCAAGAGACAAUGCUGCAAGUGAAGUUCGAGAGCAACAUCUUUCAAAUGUACUAGAAAUGUUUCCAGAUGAAAACCCAUCACUAGUCUCUGAUGCCUUUCAUGCUGUAGCCAAAGAGGUCUUCAGAAAAAUUGUAUUGGAAGAGGACAAAAGGUGUGAUGGAAGAGAAGCAGAUGAGAUGCGUGACAUCACUUGUUCUGUAGAUCUUUACAAACCCUUACAUGGCUCUGCACUCUUUCAAAGGGGCCAAACUCAAGUAUUUUGUACAGUAACAUUUGAUUCAAUCGAGUCAGCAUUGAGGGCAGACCCUCUAUGGCAGGAGAAUAUCAGAGAAAAAAACUUCAUGUUACAUUAUGAGUUUCCGCCUUAUGCUACUAAUGAAACCGGCAGGACAGGGGGCAUCAAUAGAAGAGAACUAGGUCAUGGAGCCCUGGCUGAGAAAGGCUUAAGACCUGUGGUUCCUGCUGACUAUCCUUUCACUAUUAGACUUACCAGUGAAGUCUUAGAGUCAAAUGGUUCAUCAUCGAUGGCCACUGUAUGUGGUGGCAGUCUUGCACUCAUGGAUUCAGGUGUGCCAAUAAGUCAUCCUGUAGCAGGGGUAUCUAUUGGUGUUGUGACAGAGACAGAACCUGAUGAUAUCUUCACCAUCAAAGACCAUAGGAUACUCACAGAUCUACUGGGCAUCGAGGAUUACAUGGGAGAUAUGGAUAUGAAGCUAGCAGGAACCAAGAAAGGGAUCACAGCAUUACAGACAGAUGUGAAAGUUCCAUUGCCCAUGAAGAUCAUUGUAGAAGCUAUCCAAGCAGCUACAGCAGCAAAGAGUAAAAUACUCAACAUCAUGGCAUCGGCUAUCAGGAAACCCAGAGAUUUGAGGAAAAGCAACAGCCCUGUAACAGAAAACCUUGAAGUACCAAUACAGAGGAGAUCCAAAUUUGUUGGGCCAGGUGGAUACAACUUGAAAAAAUUGAGAGUUGAAACUGGUGUAACUAUUACUCCUGUUGACGAAACUCACUUCUCCGUCUUUGCUCCCACACCCAGUGCAAUGAGUGAAGCAAAGGAAAGAAUAGAACAGCUUUUAUUAGAAGAUAAAGAGCCGGACUUGGAGUUUGGAGGUAUCUACACAGCUACUAUAUCUGAGUUAAGGGAUAAUGGAGUACUAGUGAAGCUGUAUCCCGCCAUGCAACCGACAUUACUUCACAACUCACAACUGGAUCAAAGAAAGGUGAACCAUCCUAGUGCCUUGAAGUUAGAGGUCGGCCAGGAGAUACCUGUCAAGUAUUUUGGUCGUGACCCUGUCAGUGGAAAGAUGAGACUGUCCCGUAAAGCACUGAUGGCACCUGCCUCGGCUGUCAUCAGAAACUUGAAUGCAGUCAGAGGUACAAGAGGGGGAGCAUCAUCUGCCACCUCGUCAUCAUCCGAUUCAUCAUCGAUCUCUUCAGAGAGAUGAUAAUGGGCUUGCCAAUCAAUAAAUAGAGACUAUCCUGUAAAAAUCUGGUGGUACCCACUUCAUCUUUUAUCAGGAUCUUGAAUUCAGUCAGAGGUACAAGAGGAGCAUCAUCAGCUACCCCAUCAAUAUCAGCAUCAACAUCAUCAUUGACACCGUGAUCUGAUUUUAUCAUCAGAGACAUGAUAAUGGGCUUUCUUGGCCAAUCAGUUGUUAGAGGCUUGUCAGUCUGAAAAUAUUCCUGUUCUAGGUAGUCUUCAGAAGGAAUUCUGCAGAUGUUGAGGGUCUGCAAUGAAUGUUCGGACCUGUCUAGAGGUGACCGUUGCAUGUUGCACUGAACCAGGUAUCGUUCCUCUCCAGGAUAUUCCAUCAUGAAGGGAGCAAUGCUUAUAUACACCAUACAACGAUUUGUAAAGCAAAAAAUGAGUUGAAUUGUCAUAUUAAUGGUAUUGCAGGCAUCUGGGAUACUCACAAUUUUAUUCAAUACAAUUCAGCAGAUGUCGCACAUUGUAAAUACCCUACAGGGUGUUUCAUUCACUCAAACCUGUGCAUUAUUUGAUUUAAACAUCAUACAAAGUACUGUGUACUACCUCUUCUUGCUUCUCAUUUUAUGUCUUAGUAUCAUAAACCACAUCAACACCUAUAUUCCUAUGGUAAGUUUGGUCUCAUCUGAGCCGUUACUUGAAGCCUUAUGAUUGAUCGUCAGGCUUAUUUUUACGAUUGAUCGUAUAAAUCUCCAUGAUCAAUUAUUAAGUUUUAUGUUACGAUGCCCAGAUUCAUAUUGCCUUUCAACCACUAGGAUGGUAGAGGCAUCUUUUCUUCUUCUUUUUUUGCAGAUUGGUGCUUCCCUCCCAUGUUCAAAUGAUUAAAGAUUUGAAAGACUUAAUGCUUUGAAACAUUAGCAUGAGCAGGUUGUCUGGAAAUGGUUGUCAGUAUUGUGCACUGUGAAUCAAGGAUUAAAGUAAGUUGCAGAAGUGACUUGAUAGCUUCAGUCUUUCUUAAAAUUGCUCUUUUGAGGACCAUAGUUUUCAAGGAAUUGUUAAGUGUGCUGAGGUCCUUGCUAUGGAACCUAUAAUAUCUUUAUUUCUCAUGUAAUAAAUCAUGCACAGACAAUAUUACAAAGUAAAGGCUUGUGUCUAAGAAAAAUCUUUGGAAUGCUAUGGAUUGGUUGUAUGUAGCCAGGUGAGAAUCCAACCAAAACAGAAAAUUGCUUUUAUAUAGAGUUAAAAUAAAAAAUCAAAGAAACCAAACGGUGAAAUUUAGAACGAAGUUGGACAAACAAAAUUGUUGUGAUUUUCAACUUUUCAAUAGUUGCAAUAUAUCUAAUCAGAAGUUCAAAUUUAUAAUGUCUUUGUGAUGUAGGGUAAGAAUAAAUUCUCCAUUAUUUUACUCCAUUGGAUAAAAGCAAAUCAAAUGUAAUCUUUUCCAAAUUUUUACUCAGUACAAUUUCUCUUUUUAUGGCCCCGAGGAGUAGAAGAAAACCAUAAACUCCUGAUAGUUUCUCCAUAACAAUAAGUCUUAUAUCAUGCCUCCAUUGUGUCAAUUUCUGUCCUACAGUUUGCUAUUAUUUUUGUAUUUGUGAUAGCGAGAUUAAAUCAUGAUUUUUGCAAAGCAAUUAUUGAUUCUGUUUUUGUUCAUUAUGAAAUUAGUCUGAUCUAAAAGAUGAACUUAGUUUGAUGAAUGAUGAUUUUGAAUGAAAUUAUUUGACUGGAAUGUUUAUAUAUUAUUUCUUUGUGAAAAUGAUAUUGAUCUGUCAAAUUGUAAAUGAGGCUGGCGUGUAUUAAAGGAAAAAUAAACUUAUUUUGUUCAAAAAGAAAUGAAACAACAAACAAAAGAAUCACUAUUUCAGAAUUUAGUAAUUCUUUUUUUUAUUGUGAUAACUGGAAGGUAAGAAAAAGACAAAAAUCUAUUGGGCUAGAGGUGAGUAGUCUGCAGGCACAGACCUUUGGUAUUUCCAAUUCACAUAGUGCAUAAUGCAGAGUCUGAAGUAGUGAGACUAGAUUCACUGUGCACUGUGGCUGCCUCUUAUUUGACAGAGUUUGGAUUCUAGUCUUCACUCUAGACAUGUUAUAAUUGGUUAAAGUGUC